CGCUCUUCCGUCACGUGACCUAUGGGCUCACUCGCUUUCUGGCAAGUAUGUCCCUUCCUGCUCUCCGUCUCUCCUGAUGUUCAGGUGAAGGAAGCGGAUCAGGAAGUGGCGCUGUUCGGGCAUGAUUGGAGGACAGCGGGCCGGAGAUUAGUGGGAGCAGUGCGUGCUUUCUGUGAGGGAGCUUGUUCUCUUCAGCCUCCUUAGUCGUAGCGCUGUGUAUGGAGGGAAGCGGCUGUCGUGUGACCGGGGGAGUGUGAUAGUUGGCUGCUGUCCCUCUCCUACCAAAGGGGGGCUCCCUACCUAAGGGACUGCUGACAAAGUGCCCCCUUUAGUGUUCUCCGAAGACUGGAACCUCAGCCAGCACUAUGUCCAGGAGCUGGGUGUCUGUAGGCUCUUGUCACACUGUCUCUGCCUGGCUACAAGUCACACAAUUGUGUUUGAUGGAGGAAAAGGGCAAACACUGUGCUAAGUUCAGCUACAGAUAAUUCAUUGGACCCUUCAAGCAAACCUAAUCCCAACUUCUAUACAUUUACUAUGUGAGGGUAAACCUGAUGUGAUUGGAUUAUGUAACCAUGACAAGAAGACGCAUCUGGAUGUGACGUCCUGUAACACUGCUACAUUCCUGUUUUUUUUAUAUACAUUUCUAUAUAUUUUGGAUUUAGACGUGUUUUUUUCUGGUCACAUCAAUCGAUGAUUUUUUAUUUUAGGGGUUAAUCUCCGUUGUCCCAUGAACAUGUGGCGUCCCAUUUUUUAUUUUUCCUAACGUGGGAAGGGUACAUCUGUGACAGAUGAAGUGACUUGUUGAAUUGCGAUCAUGGGGGAGAAUAGUCCAGAACUGGCUCUGAUGUCCAUUGAGGAGGACUCCUUGUGUCCGGAGAUCAAGAUGAGGAAGUGGUUUGUGGAGAAGGGAGGGCGGGAAACGGGCACCGUUUACGAUACCACCACUGUCCUCAUAGAGCAGGACCAGCAGCUGUCCGACGAAGAGGAAGAUGAGGAGGACGAUGAUGCCAAUGUGGCGUCUAACUUGCCUUUUUUGGACGCUGCCAAUGAAGAAGGACUGCUGCUUAUGUCUGAACAGGAUGCCAUGUCGCAAGGAUAUGUUCAGCACAUCAUUUCUCCGGACCAGAUUCACUUUACCAUUAACCCUGGCUCUAUGUGCAUGCCAAGGAACAUUGAAGGGGCGACUCUGACGCUACAUUCUGAAUGCCCGGAGACCAAACAAAAAGAGGUAAAGCGGUACCAGUGUACAUUUGAAGGCUGCCUAAGAACGUACAGUACUGCUGGAAAUCUGCGCACACACCAGAAAACACACAGAGGGGAGUACACGUUUGUCUGCAAUCAAGAGGGUUGUGGGAAAGCGUUUCUUACAUCUUAUAGCCUCAAAAUCCAUGUACGUGUGCACACGAAAGAAAAGCCAUUUGAAUGUGACGUACACGGUUGUGAAAAGGCUUUUAACACCCUUUACAGGUUGAGGGCUCAUAAAAGACUUCAUACUGGAGAAACAUUUAAUUGUGUGACAGAGGGCUGCAGCAAAUACUUCACAACACACAGUGACUUACGGAAACACAUUCGGACUCACACCAGAGAGAAACCUUUCAGGUGUGAUCAUGAUGGUUGCGGGAAAGCGUUUGCAGCGAGCCAUCACCUGAAAACACAUGCUAGAAAGCAUACUGCUGGGGAAAGACCGUUUCAUACCAGUGAUGGAUGUGAAAAAACUUUCAGCACUCAGUACAGCCUGAAGAGUCACAUAAAGGGGCAUGAUCUUACCAAUUUAGAAGAUCCAUUCCCAAGUCAUGAGGACACAAAGGAUUGGCUCUGUCUAAGUGAUUUAAGUACUUUAUCAACUGAAUCUGAACUGCAAGAAAAUGCUAAUGCAAGUCCUGGGCAAGUUCUGGGCACUUUGUUAAAUCAAAAUAUAUUUGAAUCCAUGUUCCAGAGUCCAGAAAAUACAGAAGACAAUGAUAUUGGUCAGCAGUCAGAAGUGCUAUUAAAAACCUGGACUUCAGACUCGCAGGCUUUAGACCCAGGAGAGAGCAGUGCUACUGAAGCUCCACCAUCUCUGGUCGCCCCUCUUGUGAAUCCUCCAGCUGCGUCAGAGGAUCCUUUAUCUACUACUCCUGGCACAUCUUCCAUGUCUUUGCCACACGGAACCAUUGGAUGUGGGACUCCAUCAACCAGCUCUGUGUCUUGUACAGUUACGCAGCCCCUAAAAGUGCCUAUCCAGAACGGGGGCCAAAUUUCCACCCAGGACAACUUCAUAACCCAACAGACCUCACAAUCUUUAGUGGAAAGCUUGACUGUGGUUGCUGGCCCUACUUUGCCUGUAGGAACCUCUUCAGAUACUGUUUUACCAACACUGGUGCAGGCUGCAGUUUCCAAUGCCAGCAAUGUGUUGAGCAGCAACCCUGCAAUAACCAUUACACAGACUCCUAGUACAGGCUUGCUGCAACCUAGUUUAGUUAUGAAUGAGCAAAAUCUGCAGUGGCUUUUAAACGGGACCACAACUAAUUCUGAUCAGUCUCAACAAAACCCAAAGGUGGAGAAGAUGUUCUUCACUACUACGGUCCCAUUAACAGGCACAGGGGGCAAUGCUGUACAGCAGAUUGGUUUGAGCCUGCCUGUCAUCAUUAUAAAACAAGAGGAGUCUUGCCAGUGUCAGUGUGCCUGUAGAGAUUCUGUAAAAGAGACUUCUGCCAAGGCCAAAAGAGGUUCACCUUCAGAAAUUGACCCUGUCCCCAAACCAAAGACUGCCCCACCCCCUCCUGACAUUGUAGCCACUCCCUCAUCACCCUGCGAAGGCAACAGUGGACACUUGCACCCCACGGACUUACAACCUUGGACACCAUCAUCUUUAGACAUCUCGGACUUCUUAUCCCUUCAGAGCCCAGAAAACUCCUCCAAUCUUGUUUCUGGGGACGCCUUACUGCAAGGAGACGAUAUCAGCCUUAGUGGGUUUUCUAAGUAGAUAUCGGUCAGUCUUGGGAUAUUUUCCUAAACCUCUUCAUGCCAAGGGGCAUUAAUCAUUCAUCUCUGGUCACCCUCACCAAUAGCGCAACCCGGAGCCCAGCAUACCAUUCUUUUUAAUAAUUAGUAGAUCAGCCUUUUUUUUAUUUUUAUUUUUUUUACAUGGGCAAAACCCACCCAGUGGAAGGAGAGGAUAUAUAUGUUUUCCUUCCAGCACUGACGAGGGUUUACUGAGCUAAUAGAUUCGUUAUCCUAUAGUUUGAUUGCACUAUAAGUCACUUUGUUUGGAAGCCUGGAAUUGUAGCAGGGAAAUAUAUAAAUAUAUAUAUAUGUAUCUUAAAAGAGAAGCCACUGGACACUGUUUUAUCCUCUGUGAUAUUCAGAGGCGCUGUUACAGUACAUUGAAAGAUGGGACAAAGAGAUCAUAUCUAUUUUAUUGGUUUUAUGUACACACUUUAGGUAAGAUGGUCUAAAGCAAUCAUUUGUAUUCUCUUAUUUCUACUUAAUGUUCUGUUCCUACUGCGCCAUCUUUGACAAAUAAUUCAAAUUAACACCUAAUUAAAAGAUGUUAUACAUCUUACAUAAGUGUUUUAUUUUCACAUGUUUAGGCAGUAGUGACUAGGAUAGUAAACAGCUCAGUUGCAGCGUGACUGAAACAUAAGAGAGAUAAUUAAGGGCCCAAAUUUUAUGACAAGUCCUGACCCCCCACCCCACCCUCUGGGUAACAAUUUAUAUCCCAUCCACACCUGCCUAUAGUACAGCAUUCUGCUUCUGUGCUGUAAGGUACAUUUAGUCAUUGUGUGAUGCUGGGCCACAACUAGUGUUGACUUGUGACAACUUGGCUGCUAGUACAUGCUAAAGGGAUGUUCCAUAUGACCUUUUUAAUAAACACAUACUAAAAGACUAGAAUUAAAAUCCUUGACCUUAUCAAGUAGUCUUUUUGUGUUAAAUUAUUUGAAUAUCAUGCAAAAAAUAACUCCCUUUUUUAAAAGGAGCACUGUACCCCUGAACAAAUAAAUUAAAAGUAUUUUUUGAAAAAGUUA